AUGGAUCGCUGGCUAAAAUCAGGGACCUUGAAACGUAAAUCCCCCGAUGCUUGUGACUGUGAACGUGCAAACAAGAUGCAGAAGGGAGGAAAAGAUGCAACUGAGGUCAUUUAUGAUCCAAAUCAACCACUCUGUUCUACUGAUAAGCUUAUGACCUGCAAAGCGCAAGAAAUUAGCCAAGAAGUGGAAGAUGCACCUGACGUGAUAUUUUCAACUUCUGCUCAAGAUAAUAGCAACAAAGACAGCAUCAUACAAGCUGUGAAGAACAGAAGUGGUACACACAUGAAGUGGCGACAUUCCAGCAUUGAAAACAACCCAAAACAAGUGAAAAGAAAAUAUAGCACCGAUUAUUUGACCAUGGGAUUUUUUUGGACGGGUGAUAAAGAAGUCCCUAACCCGCAAUGUGUUUUAUGCUGUGAAAUUCUGGCCAAUGGAGCAAUGAAACCCUCCAAACUGAAGCGUCAUUUUGAAUCCAAGCACUUCCAAUAUGCUGAUAAGCCUCUGGAGUUUUUUGAGAAUAAAUGCAAAGAGCUGCAACAAAAUAAGGGAAUGCUGCACCUUUUUGCUUCUGGCGAUGAAAACGCUAAGGCUACAGAGGCAUCCUACAGAGUUUCGCUGUUGAUAGCAAAGACCGGCAAAGACCACACUGUUGCAGAGAACUUAAUCAAACCUGCUGCCAGACUAAUGACAGAAAUCAUGCUUGGUGAAAAGGCGACAAAUGUUAUCAACAAAGUCCCUCUUUCAAACGACACAGUGAAACGCCGAAUAACAGCCAUGGCUGACAGUGUGGAGUGGCAGCUGCUAUCAAGACUGCGUCAAAGUCAGUACUUCGCGCUUCAGCUUGAUGAGUCUACUGACAUAGCCAACGAAGCAAACCUUUUGGCAUGUGUCAGGUAUGAAUACUUAGGCGCUGUUCAUGAUGACUUUCUCUUCUGCAAGUCUGUACCUACCAAUACAACUGGAGAGGACAUUUUCAAGAUUGUGAACAAUUACAUUGUGAGUAACAAGGUUGACUGGCGGCGAUGUGUCGGUGUGAGUACUGAUGGUGCUGCGUCAAUGACGGGAAAGAUCAAAGGGUUGACUGCACGUAUCAAAACAGUUGCUCCACUGGCAGUGGCAACGCACUGUUGCAUUCAUCGAGAACAACUCGCAACAAAAAAAAUGCCCGUCGAUCUUAAAAGAGUAAUGGAGGAAUCAAUAAAAAUUAUAAACUUCAUCAAAGGGCGCCCUUUGAACGCGCGGAUUUUUAAAGCUUUAUGUGAAGAGAUGGGAAGUGAACACACCAAGCUUCUUUUUCAUACAGAAAUUCGUUGGUUGUCCCGUGGACGAGUGCUCACUCGUCUCUUUGAACUGCGCGAAGAGGUUAAAAUUUUUUUGCGCGAGUGUGAUCAAGCUUUCUACUUGUGUGAUUGCUUGCAUGACUUUUCAUGGCUUGCUCAGUUGGCGUACCUGGCGGACAUUUUUAGCAGUCUGAAUGGGCUUAACAUAGCCCUGCAGGGCAGAGAUGUUACAAUCUUUAACGUUCAAGACAAAGUAAAGGCUAUGUGUAUAAAAUUGGGGCUGUGGUGUGAUCGCCUCGAUCGUCGAGAAUUUGACUCAUUCCCAACCCUCAGUGAUUUUCUUGUGACUUCACCGCAGGAAAUUGAUGAGCAGAUUGUUGCGAACUUCAAAUCACACCUGCAUGGUCUGCGUGAGCAAUUCAGAAUUUAUUUUCCAGAGCCCGAGACAAAAUCUGAAUGGAUCAGAAAUCCAUUUGCAAAGAUGAGUGCAGCUGAAGCGGUCAGUACAAAACUUUCUUCAAGGGAUGUUGAUAGUCUUGUGGAACUUGCUUUGGAUGGUUCGCUGAAAGUGUUGUUUGCUGAGAAAUGUUUGACAGACUUUUGGCUUCAUGUACGAUCUGAGUACCGGGGACUUGCUGACAUCGCUGUGAAGCAUCUACUGCCGUUUCCAACAACGUACUGCUGCGAGAUUGGAUUUUCAACUCUCGUUGGACUAAAAACAAACAAGAGAAGUCGGUUGAACGUGGAAUCUGACAUGAGACUGAAACUUUCAAACAUUGAUCCAGAUAUUACCACCCUAAUAUCUCGUCAAAAACAACUGCAUUCCUCGCAUUAA